AUGUCCUCCAACAACCAGCCCAUGGAGAACUUGUUCAUCCAGGCGUUGGCGCGGGCGGGCUCGUGUCCGGAGCAUGCGAAGCAGAUAUCGACGCUGCGAGACGGAUUACCCUUCACUGGACCACAUCACAAGAAGUCGCGGAAGAGCAUUGAAUCCAUCGUGAGGCGGGAGUACGCAUCGGCCAAGCCCGUCGGCAAGGGUCCUUUCAGGAUUGCGAAGAAGUUCGCCGAGAAGGAGCUCAAAGCGUUGGUCGACUACUAUGGCAUCGAUACGAAUCCACCGCAAGAUUGGGAAGAGGCAGUGGAGGACGGUGACUCACUGGUGUGGAAUGUGGGCGACGAGCACGAACCCUGGCCGCCGAAGGAACCCAAGGACGCGGAGAUCGUAGAGAAGCUCAAAGCUCUCGUCAAGCUCGACGUACCUUCGCACGAUGAGAUUUGGAACGCCUACAGGCAGCUAUCAGAGCCGCGGAUAGUCUACCUUCCUGCGAGUACCAUACAUGAUAUGCUCCAUGAACUGUCCAUCGUCGAACGCCCGACCCUUGUCGCCAUGCAGCGCUAUCUAUCCAUCCUCGACGAUAUGAAAAACGCACACAUCCAUGUCCGACGCCAUGAAUGGACCACCGCUACCCAUCUCGCAGGCCGCUACAAAGGCGCUGUCUCCUCCGAUGACCUCCAAUCCGCCCUCUACCUCUGGCGCGACAUGGAACAACGCGCCAACGUUAGAGGCAGUCACGUAACUUUCAAUAUCCUCUUUGACAUUGCAGUCAAAGCUGGCAAAUUCACUCUCGCCGAGCUCCUCCUCAAAGAGAUGAAAUCCCGACGACUGACGUUCCACCGCCACUUCCGGGUGUCACUGAUAUACUACCACGGCGUAAUGCAAAACGGCAACGGCGUUAGACGUGUCUACCAGCAAAUGGUAGAAGCUGGUGACAUUGUUGACGUCGUUGUGAUGAACGCCGUCAUCGCCGCCCUAAUCCGCGCCGGCGAGCCCUCCGCCGCAGAGCACGUCUUCGAACGCAUGAAGCGGCUCGCAGCCACCGGCCGUGCCGCGGGCAGCACCUCUCCCUUUACCGCCCCUGGCGGUCCGACCAUCACGAAAACAGACCGCUCAUGGCGCGGCCGGCGCAAGCUCGGACUUGACCUCACCUACGAAGGGCGCCGCCUUGCCUGGGACUGCGACAGAGACGGUCUCAAGCGUCUCCAGGAAUGGGCCCCCAUCUCGCCCAACUCACGGACGUACAGCCUGCUCAUCCGGUACCAGGCCACCGUAACCGGCAACAUCGACCGCGUUAACGAGCUUCUCCGCGAAAUGGGAUACAAUGGCGUUCCCCUCGAAGGCUCCAUCUUCGUCGUCAUUUUCCAUGGCUUUUCUAGAUUCGGCGGUGUGCGCUACUCUUCCUGGACAAGAAGCAAGCUUGAGCAGACGUGGACGGAGUACUUGCAGGCGGUAAAGGAUGGGCUUGAUCGUACAUGGAUAAGUCAGACGAGUGUUGUUGCGGCGCUCAAGGCGUUUAAGAAGUGUGCGGAUGCGCAGAGGACGAUGGACGCGUGGUGGGAGGUCAGGGCACUCUGGCAGCCGAGCGGAGAGGAAGAGGACAGCGUGUUAAAAACGUUAAGGCAUCUGGUACCUCAAAGGGGCUUCUUUGAUGGGAAGAGGGAUGGGUUUGUAUAA